UAAUAUGUUAUGAAGGGAAUUUCAAACGUAAUUUGAUGGCUUUCUUUUUUAUUUAUGUUGCUUUUCAAUUGUCAUUUUCAGGCGGAAGUGCCUAUUACCAUUGCUUUGAUAACUUUGUACGUCACAGAGGUACAAACAUUUGGGGUUCAAAAUAGAGUGAACACAGAGUCCCGAAAGUAUACUAUAAAAACAAUUGUAAAUUCUCGAGUCUUUCCGGCAAUUCUUCCGCUUUCCAGAAAGUUCUGAGAACAUACGAUUGCUAUAAAAAUUUCGAGAGGCGAAAUAGUUCAACAGAAAGUAGAAACUAUGAAAAAUAUGUUCUCUCCGCGGUCUGUGGUGUCUCUUUUAACAUUGUUUUAUGUUUCAGGAAUCUUAACUACAUGCAUGUGUCAUUACCAGAGAACACUAAUUUAUCCACUGAUUCAUAAUAUAUAACAAGGCUUGCAACUCAAUCUACCCCUUUCUGUACCCCGUGAGAUAUAUUUGUCGAUUAAAUGUUAUAUACACUCCUUACCAGCUGGUUUCAUAGCCCCCUUCACUAUAUUUUAAUAAAACAAAUUCUGUCGAGAGUCAUCUCAUUCAAAUCUCUAAUAACGGAAGUGCAUAAACAGUACACAAUUCGAAACGGAAUAAGGGUUAUCCGAAUAAAUCUUGAGUUCCGAAAGAUACGAGGACUGUGUAUAAAAUGUGUGCCAUGGCCAUCAAGGCGAAAUGAACGCGAUACAAAUUGAGUACUCAAACAUGCUAAACGUGUAGUAUAUUAAACUGUGCCUUUAAGAAUGGAGAGCGAUCAAAGUAGACUUUUUAUUUAACUUUUAAGUAUACACAAUUUCUAUUUUCUGCUAGUAUAUAUACAUUGGAUGCCUUAAGCUGUAAUGUGAAUACCACAUGUGUUCGUAUAAUGGAUAUAUUUUCAUUACACCUUGGACUAAUACUUUUAGGUAGGAUUGAAUUUAUCACACAUUUCUGUACAAUUAACUGAUAAUCUACGUUGGAAGCCUUGAGAAUUGGGUUGCAUGUAUAACACUUGACUCUCAAUACAUUUACUGAAAAUAUAAGUGACAUUAAGAGGUGACAUUUCAUCUGUUUUAAUUUUGAUAAACAUGACAUCUUAUUUUCAUCAUUCGCACUAUUUUUGAAUUGGCAAAUUAAUCCAUAGUUUAGCUAUCAAGGAUUAUGACAAAAUGCUAUUGAAUUUUCUUCCUUAAUUUGGUAUAUAAAUGUAUAAAUCGGACAAGUUUCUGAGCAUAAAGCAACAUGAUGGUGUGGCAAAGCAUCCUAAUGCUUUUCAUCAUUACGUCUUCUGCUAGAGAAAACAACAUAGAAGCAAGAAAUGCUACCACAUUUACGCAAAUAGGAAUAUGCAAGAAAGAAAUCUCAAAAAAAAUUCCGAAUUGUUAUUGUGAUUCUGAUUGUGUUUUAUACGGAGAUUGCUGUGUUGAUGCACGAAUCACAUCUCCUAUAUCUUCAAGUUUAAUACCGAAACAGAAAUGCCAAAGUUUUGGGAAUCUUGACUAUCCGUCAUUUUGGACAGUUAACUCCUGCUUGGGAGGGAAGGCUGCAGAGGACAUUGUUGGACUUCUGCCUGUCAUCGACAAGGAAGGUACAGUGUAUGUUAACAACAGAAUUGCUCAGUGUAACAACGCUUCAACAUCUUCUCCCAUGGACAUUUACGUCCUUCUACGCCUCGAUAUUUGCGAUACUGAUUUGAUAUACACAUCUCUAGAGAAACCCUUUGCUAACUUGUUUGUGGCUAUAAUAAAUUCUAAUUGCGAGUUCAUGUUCUACCCUAAGUAUGUCACUGGUGUAUUUCCAAGAGUUUGUAUUAAUUGGCGUGAAAGAAUUUUGGAGAGAAACCUGAGUGUCACAUGUAAAGUUUACCAGAAGCCAGUGGCGGUAUCUUCAGUGAUCUAUAAACAUUCCAAAUGUUACGAGGAUCUCUAUGGCUAUCCUGUACCAGAGAAUAGUACAGACGUAGAAGACAUUUUCCAAGAGCCUCGGGAAAAUGUAACUUCCCUUCAUAUUGAAUUUAGAGGUAGUAUUAGAAAUUAUCUGAGCCAAGAAAACAACCUUUGUAAAGAAGAGGCCGAAAAGAACUGUCAUACACGCUUGAUAGAAAACUGGAAUCAGAUAUUGGAAGUGACACUGAAGUCAGAGAACGUUAUACACGAGUAUCAUAUAUUAUACAGCAGUAUGUACUUUGUCUAUAAUUUUCUAAAGAAUGACGUCAACCUAACGCUUGCAUCAUUCGUCCAUGUUGAUACGAUUGCAGGGGUUCAGCGCGGUUUCACGUGUCACACAAUGUUUAUUACUAUGCCUGUGAAGAGCACUGUUAAUCUAAGUGAAAAAGAAUUUAGAAGAACCAUGUCUUUCAUAGAAACAUUCAAGAAGGCAUUAUUCAUCAGCACAAUAACGAUGACCGAUGAACGUGUGGACCGUGUAGGCUCGAACAUGUGUAAAGAUACCCGAGACGAAACAACCCUGAGGAGAAGGAGGAGGACGACAUACGGAGUGCGAUAUAUUGUUAAAAUGAUGGAAUACUUCAGUAUUCCAGACGAAUUUAAAUCUUAUUGUCAGAAUUUGUUAGUUGAAAGCAAAGAGAGAUUAAGCAGAAAAUAUGUUGAUGUUCACAUGACAAAAUUGGACUGUCCACAGCCGAAUAUUACCGUUGUUGACAGUUCAGAAGCCAACACUCCACAAUAUGUGUACAUCAUGAUCACAGUACUAAGUAUAGUCGCCUUUGGUGUUGUAGUCUUUGGACUUUAUCAAAUAUUCUCACUUAAUCAAAAUACAAAUGUUUCUAAAUAGUGGAUAAGUUACAUGUAGCAGUUGUAAAUGUUUUGUAUACUUGGUUUGGUACACACUGCGUGACAGUGCUGGACGAUAUGAAUCACCAUCUACCCUCCAUCUGAACUACAUUUUUUGUACAUUACCAUUAAACUUCACUUUGAUUUGGUUCAGACGAAUUCCAUUAUAUAUUAGAAUGCAAUGCUUUGUCAAAUAUUAGAAAAGAAUACCUACACAGUAGGUAUUACACAAGACCUAAUGUUAUUAAAUUUCAUGAAAUUAUGUCAACCAGUAAGGUUAAAACACUUAAAAAACUCUGUAUGUUUAUCUAAAAAAUCUAUGAGUUAGUCUGUCCUCCUUAAUAUAUUUUGUAAAUACUUUUUCAAUACAUGUAUAUUGUAUAUUUGUACAUAUUCUGACCUUAUUCUUACUCAAAUGUAUGUUUACUUAAUGCACCUCAUGUACCAUGUAUAAUGUGGUUUGAGUGAAUAAAAUGAAC